GGAUUAUCGACAGGUGGCAUCGGUGACAUGCCGAAUCAAGUAAUACCUGGUUUCUCCAUAUAUUUACGAAUCGUGCGAUUUGUAUCACACGCCGACCCACUUAAUAUCUAUUUACGAAAGCAAUAGAAUACUAGUGUAGGAGAAACAAAUAAGGCACACGCAAAACAAGACAUAUUAAUCAACGAUUGAGCCGGAUCUGUGCACUCUUGUUUUUAUUUCGACUUUUAAACGUGAGUGGUGAACUUUACUAUACAGGAAUUGCAGCACAGAACGUGCUUGUGUCUUUGGCGGUGAGAGGUCAAGUGAACAUAAACGCCACACCGUUUGAUUCACACGUCGUCUUGGCCGCGUUCACAAUAGAAAUGGGAGUGGUUUGAGUCACAGUGACGAAAUGGGUGUCGCUGCAGGACCAAGCAGCCAAUCAGGAAUGAGAAUAGCAACCUGGAAGUCUCCUUUGCUUUGUGGACGGGCGGGGCGGCGUUCAAGGGCUGUGGAACAGAGUGGAGCGACGGAAGCGGCGAGAUUGGAGAAAGGAAAAAUAGGCUGUAGAGAUGUGUCGGACUGCACUGUGAGCGAUACUGCAGCGAGAAUCGGACACAGGUUACGUUCCAGCACCGGGCCGCGGCAAGACCGCAUUCAAGCCUACCACUCUCCUUUACACUCUCUUCCCCGGAACCCCCGUGAUGUCUGGCGGAGGAGAGGUAAGGUACGCCCGCAAAGAGCCCGGCCAAGAGAGCCCGAGGAUGCCGGCCUGGAAGCGAGAGAUCCUGGAGAGGAGGAAGGCGAAGAGCGGGGUUUCCGGGGCAGCCGCUACCACGGAGAAUGGCGCAGGUGGGAGUCCAAAACGCAGUCACGCGGAGCAAGCGAUAAACGGGGGCAGUGGUGGCGGAACGAACCUAGAGCGAGAAGACGCAAACACCGGAUGGAAUUACUCCAUCACCGCAGCCAGUCAGUACUUCGCCAGCAACAUAGACGCAAGACCGGCGGCCGCGGAGGCCACCGCGAGAAGUCAUGUUGACGAACAGGAGAGCUUGGUGCUUCAGGAGAGUCUGGGCCCCUUGGAGGAGAACCCUUUCAUCAAGUUGGAAAAGGAGCGACGGAGGCGGCAGGACCGGGAAAACGCCGCUCGCCCGAUCCAGCACAUUUUAGAGCUGUACGGUAACGUUCCCGGUAUACGGACUAUUAGAGCGGAGAAUAUUCUCAUCAUCGAGUCGGAUCCUGAUUACAUUCAUGACGGCGAAGAAGUCAAAAGUCCCAUUUGGCAACAAAACGGUUAUAGCUCCGUGAAUGAUUUCUUGGACAGGAGAGGCAAUGCUGUAACUGAGAUAAGAGCCAAGGAAGUCGUUAUAUAUGACACUGCGUUGAGCAAAAGUGAAGAGAAUCUGAGCACCCUCGGUCGCCCAAACCACAAAGAUCCAUCCAACGAGGCAGGUGAGGGUCAAGGGAUGGUCAGCCGAAUCCUGCAGAAGUUUGACUCCAACUAUGGGAAGCUGCAGAAAAAGUCUCACAGUACAGAGAACCUUCUGGAUAUAGAUGGAAGUGCCAGCAGAAGGCAAAGAGCCUGGGCCAAGCCGCAGCUGGAUCUGAUGCCAAAGCCCAGAACAGACUGGGUCAAAAGCUUAGGCAGCAGGCAGUCAUCAUCAUCGUCUGUGUUGCAGAGUUCUCUCAAACAAAAAGCACACUCUCCCGUACUUGAGACGGGCAGCCCCCAGCCCACUAGUGAAUCCCCUAAGCCUGUGUCCUCCCUCCGCCAGAGCUUACAAGAGAGCGCAGACCGCGGGACAGCUGUCACGCCGAGAGACAAACUUGACGGAGCUCAUGAGGUGACACCUGAAGUGCCCCACAUCAACAAGGUGCCAUCAACGCAGAGCCAUUAUGCCCGCUCUGAGUCCCUUUCAACUCAGGUGUUGCACACCUCAUCUGACUUUGAGAUCCGUCCUUCCCCAAAGCCAGACCUUUCUCUAAUACCUGACCGGGAUACCCAGGCACGUGCCCUGGCAAAUCUGCGCUUGAAUUCCAAAAACUCCUUCACGGUGAUUCCAAAGCGACGAAUUACAACCUCACUUGAAAGUGUCCACACGGCGCUGCCCAGUCCAGCUAAAGCGUCGCCUUCUCACAGAGUGGCAGAGCAGCUUGUGUCAGGGGUGCCAUCUUCUCACAUGUCCACACCUGCUAUAAUGCUCCAAAAACUGAAGGAUGCGAAAAAGCAGGAGGAAAAGGAAACUCCAUGGCCACACAAGCCCCACCCAGUGCCCUCUGUUGCCACAUCGCCUGCACUGCCAAUCCCUUCACAGAAUUUGUCUCCAUCUCCUGUCACCCUUUCUCCACCCGCCCUGACUUCUCCUCCCUCUUCUCCAGCUGUCCCAUCGUCACCCAUUUUGUCUCCACGUGCCCUCUCACCGGAUCCAUCGCCCCCCUCCCCAACUGUAGUCACGGCUCCUGCAGAUCAUCUCCCAGUGACCAACAUAGAUGACGUCGAGGUGGAAGCCACGCAACGUGUCGCCGCACACAGUCCCCUGGCACCCAGGAGGAAGGGCAACACCUUUACCGUGGUGCCCAAACGUCGGGUGGAGGCUGAGGCCAAUCCCAGUUCACCUGAGACCCAGCAGGAUGCUUCAAGUGACUCAUCACCGGGGUCCACACCUCCUCAGGUCCCGUACGCUCAGCUGGGUUCACUGCUCAAGAAACGCUAUCCUGCUGUGGAGGAAAUAGAGGUCAUUGGCGGGUACCUUUCUCUUGGAAAAUCCUGCCUCUCCAAGGGGGGCUCCCUGGGCAAGAAGCUCAAGAUCUCGUUCAACGAGUCGAGUCUCUACAGCACAUAUGAAUAUCCAUCAGAAAACAGCGUGUGGGACAGCGGCCAGGAGGCAGACGAGGAUAAACGGGAAGGGAAGGUGACGGAAGAACCGCCCAGCAUGGUGGGACGUAUCCACAUCCCUCAACCCAGUUUCACUAGCUCGUCCACACAUACCAACAGCAGCAAUGACCUCUCGAACUACAUUCCCAAGCACUCAAUGGACUUCAGCGCCUGGCAGGAAUACAAACAAGAGGACAGUGCUAACAAGGAGGAGGCCACUUCUCAGCAGAAUCAGAUGACAGACGAGGUCAUGCUGACACCAGCAGACAGUUCUUCCCUGUCAGACUACAGUAGCGAGCCCGCGCUCUAUUUCUGAGUCGAAUGAGCACUGAAGUAGCACCUCACCCAUGGGACCAAUGGGACCAACACCCCACACCUGGACCUGAACCACUUCUAACUUUGCCGGGCCUACGCACACGUUCCCUGACGCCUUCAGGGGACACAAGCCACGGUACAUUUGCCACUCGCUACGUGAUCCCCCAAGUCGGACAGUUGGCCAGUUUCUCCAAACCCAAGCUUCAUUUUGGUUGACAAGCCUAAAAAGCAGCUGGACUGUCUUUUCCCAAGAAGAUUCUGCACAGUUGAUCUGUGGAAACAUCUUGAACCAAUUAUAUAGCUUGUCAGCAUCAGUACAGACGUCCUCUGUCCAAGCCCGCCCUUUGAUUUUCGUCCAUUCUAGUUUACACUUGCAACUGGGCAAAAUGGGCUUAAAGUCCAAGUUUCCACCAGGAGCAAAACGUUGCCAAUGCCCAUGCAGAGGUGGCGGCACGGUGACAGUGUUAAACAACUCUAUAAAAGAAUCUCGGACCUUAACGUUCCAUCGCUUCGCUUGCAGUAAAACACAAAAGAAAAAUCUGAAAGGGUGCCACGUAGUUUUGUUUUUGUACAUGUAUGGUUUCUGUUGAACCAGCAGUUUAAGUUGUUUCUCUUACUGUAAAACUGCCUUUUUUUUUAGGGGGGUGGGCAAACCUUAUUGAAGCUGCUGGACGGUUGGUAGAAAAGCAGGUGAACUUCGACACCAUUCUUCACAAUGAGGAGGCCAAGUAGAAACUAUUUCAUCAUGCACCCUGGAGGAAGUUUUUGUCAAUCCGUAGCAACGCUCAUUUUUUUGAUAAAUGCUUGAAAAAGUGACCUUUGCCAAAAAAUGUCUGUAUUGCUGGUGAGUGUCAUACAGUAUAUCACCUGGCCGAAUGUUUCUACAGCCUCCUGCCGCGCUUCUUGUGUAUUUAUUGCUUCCCAAUGUUGAAGUUGCAUGUCUUAGACCUGCUUAUGUACAAUUUUGUUUGGUGGUUUCGUGUGUAAAGGUUGAAAGACGCAAAGAGGGCGAGUUCAGACGGAUCCACCAAGUUGGUCUUCUUGCACUCUUACAUUCCACAGAGAGAGAGAGCAGAUCCACUAAAAAGUAAAUGAAGGUGAUGUUUUGAUCUUUUGUGAAAACUUUUAACGAUGAUUUGUUUUGUACUGACAGGAAUGCACCACCUCUUUCACAUUUGAAAACUCAUAUUGCCAAGUGAUUAAAGUGUUGUUGUAAUGGCUUCAGUCCUUCUUUGGACUCAACCCUGGCCAGUAUUGUUGUACAGUUACAUUGUAAAACCAAAUUAUGAUCAGAUUCAUUUUCUGCUCGUCAUCAUUCAAUGAUCUUUUCUCAUGCUGUUCCAAGACUCUGUGGUAGUCCAAUGACGUCGAAUUGCUAGUUCAGUCUUGGAUUCGACAUACGUAUGCACUGUCAUUCUUCUUUUCGCUUUGUUUUGCACUUCAUGUGAAAGAACAGCCAGUGACAGAUUAUGUGCACUUUUAAUGAGGCAUUUUCUUUUCUCUAUUGAAUUUGUUUAUUUGACAGCUGAUUGUACAUUUACUGUAUGUCACACACAGUAGCCGGCUAUAAACAAGGAUUCCCUGUUUUACCAUUUUUCCAGACCGGAAUGUAAGAAGUUCAUGUUUUGAGUUUGUUUGGUUUUGUUUAAAAAGCAAAUGGAAGGAAAAACAUCAUGAAACUGUACACGACGAACGCAACUGCCGAUGGAUGCAAUGUCCACUUUUGUACACUUGCCGCAGCAUUGACUCUUGACUCCGAAGAUUAUCGGCCUCGCACUGUAGCUGCCGCCACAUCUCCUCAUCUUCAUCUUCGAACAUGCCAGGAUUUUAGAGCAUGUUGUCAUGUACAAUGAAAGUCACAUACAGCCAACACAACACUUGACUUUAAAGGCAAUUUUUUUGUUUAAAAAAGAAAUUGUAUCGUGACGAAUCGUAUUACUAUUGUCCCAUGUUUCAAAUUUAGGGUUGAACUCCAAAUCACAGACAUCUGUGGCAUUGGACUGGAGGUUACACUGUACUUAGCAUUGCAGUUGACACACCAUGAGUAUUCACAUGGUUGAAUGUAUUUUUUUUUUUUUUUUUAUUCUGACUGGAUGGACUUUGCCAACCUUUCUAUUAUCUUACACAGCUAUACACAAGGAUUGUCAUGAGCAAAAUCAACUCGCAACUCUUUUCACCCUAAAUUGUCAUGAGCAAAAUCAACUCUCAACUCUUUUUACCCUAAAUGCUAUGAACUACAAGCUGCACAAUUAGAAAAUUGCCAAAUGAAAUUUGCAUUUGUUUUGUUCAGUUCUCAACCCAACCCCAAAAAAAGUCUUUUUAGUCUGAUAAGCAAGAAACCUUUCAGAACUCAACAAAGUUGUGAAAGUGUUUGUAAAUCAACAUUGACCUAAUACCAACUGUGAGGACGUGCACGGUGUAGAUGAGGUUAGAAAAGUACUUAUGAACCGGCUCAUGCUCACCGUUUCCUUCAACAAAUACAUUCUUAGAAGUAAUGUUUCUUUUUGUCUUUGAACCAAUGGUGAAAUAAAGGACCAAAGAGGUAGAGUUCCCAGCA